ACAACCCGCCGUGUGUGCACUUCCUGUUUCUGUCUUUAAACACAAGCUAGCUACUUGUUAGUGUAAAUAUGAAUUCUGAGCAAUUGUCUGAAGAUAUCGGGAAACAGAAUAACUCCGCAAGCCCAAUUUCGACACCAGAAGGGAAUAAUUUAAAAAGAGGACUUUUGAAAAGAACUCCUUUCUCAAAAAUGAGGAAAGUACAUUCCAACUUCAAAUCACCGGAUACGUUUGUUUUGUUUACAUCACAGGGUCAAAUAACUAAGUCUUGUAAACUUAGUCCUGAAGAAGAGGUGGAAGAGCUCGAGAAAAGGUCAAUGCAGUUGGAUACCGAGAUUGCACAACUGGAAAUGGAAGGAUACAACGUGGAGGAGCUGGACUGUCACAUUGAUAUGCUGCAUGAGUACAACGACAUCAAGGACAUUGGACAGUCCCUCUUGGGCAGAAUAGCUGCUCUACGCGGGACCACUGUACGAGACCUCUACAGCCACUUUGGUCUGGAACUGGAGGACUGACAGUAAAAAAAAAAAAUGUUUUGAAAAGGUUUGAAAGUACAGCACACAGUUUAAGUUUAUUUAGACAGUCAUCUAAACAAGACUCUAUGAGACCAUAGUUACUUAUGUUUAUUUAUUUUAAUAAUAGUGUCAUUUAAAAUAUGUUAAAGCAUAGCAUGUUAUUGGUUUCAGUUGUCAGCAUUUAACAACGCCGCUUUGGAUAAAGUUGUGCAGAUAGUACAGAGCCACAAAAAAGUUUCCCCGUGAAAUUAAAUCACUAAUUCAGUUCGGUUCCUCUGACAUGUUGAGUAUAGACAGAGUCGGGUGUGUCCUUAUCUAUCCUGAAACAGUUAGCGGGUUUUCUCCACGAGAGCAGCAGAGGCAUUUUUGCAGCCUGUAAUAGCGCUGUGUAUAGCCCACAAUAUUCUUGGGUCUACUUUCAAGGCUAAAAGUGAUCUUAUGUUCUUAUCUUGAGUCAUAGCGGUAGAUCCGUCCCAGCAGAUAAUGUAUUAAAAUUUAUCUCUAUAGACUUUGGUAUUGUUGAAGACACCACCAAGACAAAAUGUUGAUAAGGCACUAGUUAAGAGUGACAGUGAGAUAAGUGACACUUUGCAAUGUGAAUGAAAAUUGUUUAUUAAAUUAAAGGUUGAUCAACGUUAUUAGUUACA